AUUGGCACUUGCUUUGUCUGGAAUAGCUGAUAUUCUGUUGGAUGGAGGACGAACAGCCCACUCUGCAUUAAAAUUACCAUUAAAUGUGCAGGUGAUUGAGAAUCUCACGUGCAAUAUAUCAAGAAAUUCUGCGAUGGCGAAAGUUUUGCAGCAAACAGCAAUUAUUUUAUUGGAUGAAUGUACAAUGACGCACAAAAAAUCACUUGAAGCAAUACACCGCACAAUGCAAGAUCUGCGUGGCAAUCAAAACAUUUUUGGUGUUGCAUUGAUAUUAUUGUCAGGUGAUUUAGGCAAACACUUCCCGUAAUUCCACGCUCAACACCGGUAGAUGAGAUCAAUGCGUUCCUAAAGUCUUCUUUCAUGUGGAGAUAUGUACGAAAAUUGACGCUAAACAUAAACAUGCGUGUUCAGUUGCAGAAUGAUCAAUCUGCAGAUCGGUUUUCGAAGCAAUUGUUAGAAAUCGGAAAUGGCAAAGUUCAAAUCGAUAACACAAACGGUUCAAUUAGUUUGCCAAACAAUUUUUGUACAAUUCUCCAAUCAAAAGAAGAAUUGAUUGAACGAGGGUUUCCAAAUAUUAUCCAGAAUCACAGGAAUCACAAAUGGUUGAGUGAACGCGCAAUUCUGGCACCAAAAAAUGUGCAAGUCAAUGCUAUCAAUUAUCUCAUCCAAGAAAAAUUACCUGGUGCAGUAAUAUCAUACAAAUCUAUUGAUAACGCAUUGAAUGAAGAUGAUGCAGUCAACUAUCCAGUUGAAUUUUUGAAUUCGUUAGAACCACCCGGUAUACCGCCGCAUUUCUUGAAUUUGAAGGUCGGCUCAUCAAUUAUUUUACCACGGAAUUUGAAUGCACCAAAACUGUGCAACGGCACAAGAUUAGCUGUAAAAAGAUUGAUGCCGAAUUUAAUCGAAGCCACAAUAUUGACUGGCAAAGCGAAGGGGGAAUUUGUACUUAUCCCACGUAUUCCUCUGAUACCAACAGACAUGCCAUUUGAAUUCAAACGGUUGCAAUUCCCCGUGCACCUAUCAUUCGCUAUGUCCAUCAAUAAGGCACAAGGACAAACGCUCCAAGUAUGCGGUUUGGAUUUGGAGGAGCCGUGUUUUUCGGACGGGCAAUUAUACGUGGCCUGUUCAAGAGUUGGCACUCCAAAUUGUUUAUUUGUGUAUGCCCCAAAUGGACAAACAAAAAAUAUUGUUUACACAAAUGUGUUGGAUUAAUAAUAAAGAAUUUAG